CUCUUUUCAUUGUAUGUCAAUGCAGUGCUAUUUUGUAUUUGUAUUUAUUUUGUCUUGCAAAAAAUCUUGUUUUGAACCACUGAAUCGCUAGAUGUCGCUACAAAACUAACUUGUUAGACACAGAAAAUCAUAACAACACAGCCCAUGCUUCUGUAGAAUAAUAUGCUUGUGUUAUAACAAAUAUAAUAGUGACAACAGUCAGUGAUUUAUCAGCCUGCCAUUUAGGAUGCUGACCAUGAUGAAGAUGUUGUAGUUCUUCUGAAGCUAAAUGUGAGUAGUGUCAUGGAAUAUAAUGAGAGACUUGCACGCUUUCGUCAGGGUCAUGUCAACCCUUUUGACAGGACAGAGAUGGACAGCAGCUCAGAAGAGAAAGAUUCCCCAAAACACGAGGUGAAGAGGUCAGAGGUCAUCAUCUCUGAAUCUAAAGCUCAGAGUUCAGACCGUGCCAUGGACCUCGGUUUGGCUGAAGAUCACUUCUCUCGGCCUGUGGGUUCCUUUGUGGCAUCUGAUGUAGAGCAGCUGAAACAGGCCAUUGAGGAGUGCAAGAGACUGAUCCUGGAACUGCCGGAACAUUCUGAGAAACAAAAGGACACGGUGGUCAAACUAAUCCACCUCCGGCUCAAAUUACAGGAGCUAAAGGACCCAGAGGAAGAUGAACCCAACUCGCAGGUUGUGUUAGAGCAUCGCUUCUCAAAGGAGAAGAGCAAGAGUGUCAAACAGAUGUGUGACAAGUGCAGCACCAUAAUAUGGGGCCUCAUUCAGACCUGGUACACCUGCACAGGUUGUUAUUACCGUUGCCAUAGCAAAUGUAUGAAUCUCAUCACUAAACCAUGUGUGAGGUCAAAGGUCAGCCACCAGUCUGAAUAUGAACUCAGCAUCUGUCCUGAGGUUGGUCUGGACAAACAAGACUAUAGGUGUGCAGAGUGCCGAACGCCUAUUUCUCUAAGAGGUGUUCCCAGUGAGGCGAGGCAGUGUGAUUAUACAGGUCAGUAUUAUUGUACCAGCUGUCACUGGAAUGACACAGCCAUUAUUCCAGCCCGAGUUAUACACAACUGGGAGUUUGAGCCCCGCAAGGUCUGUCGUUCAUCUAUGCGUUAUUUGGCUCUGAUGAUCUCCAGACCUGUGCUCAGACUAAGAGAGAUAAACCCUCUGCUCUUUAACUUUGUAGAAGAACUGGUGGAGAUCAGAAAGUUACGUCAGGACAUCUUAUUAAUGAAGCCAUAUUUCAUCACCUGUAAGGAGGCCAUGGAAGCUCGACUGCUGCUGCAUCUUCAGGAUCGCCAGCACUUUGUGGAGAAUGAUGACAUGUACAGCUUACAGGACCUGAUUGAUACCUCCAGUGGGCGUCUCAGCUGCUCCCUUACUGAGAUUCAUACUACCUUUGCCAAACAUAUUAAACUGGACUGUGAGAAAUGCCAGGCCAAAGGCUACAUGUGUGAACUAUGUAAAGAGGGUGAUAUUCUCUUCCCAUUCGACAGCCAUACAUCUGUCUGUUGUGACUGCUCUUCUGUUUUCCAUAGGGAUUGUUACUAUGAUAACUCUACUAAAUGUCCACGCUGUGUGAGAAUCCUAGAACGCAAACACGAGGAGUCUCUAAACCCAUAGAUCAGACUGCUUAAUGGACAGGACAAAAAACCCACAUCUACACACACAGCCUCAUCUACAGUUUAUUUGUACUUUACUUUUGAAUCAUUGGGUCAAGAUCUUACAGUAUAAAAAUACUGCAAAUGAACACUAAGCUUUUUAUUUAUUUUCUUAUUAUACUUCAUAUUUUGGGAAAUUGAUACAAAUUUCCCUAGAAAGCACUGUGGUAGACUGUAGAACAUAAUGUGCUCUUAUUUUAUAAAAUUAACUUUUAACAGUAUUAUGUAUGUGUGUAGAUUAGAACAACGGCCGGAGUUAUGAUUGUAUGUCCAAAGUUUCAGUAUCCUUCUCUGUAAUCGGCAAGUGUCCCGAAACUAUCUGUUGUAAAAUAACAUGUGCUACUAAAUGCCAGUUUAUUGUAUUUGUAACUGUUAAACACAAUUCUUGACUGAAAUACAAAAGCCAUUACAUAAAGCAUGAAAAAAAACAAAUAUCAUCACAAUAGUUUGGUUGUUUGGUUUUGUUUCGCUCCUCAAGCCAGAAGAAAAGGAUUCAUUUCAGGCUGCAGCUUUUGAUUGGAACAAACAUGAGGGAGGCGGGCUUGUGUAAACUGUAUCCUAUCUCAUUUCUACUCUUUAAAUAACUUACCUAUAGACCCCUUCAAAGUUUGUAAAAAUUGAAUGACUAUCGGGUGCGCGCGCAGCAUGGGGUCAAACUGUUCAUACCAUCCAGGAUUUAUAAUGUAAUCUAACAGGGCUGAAAAAUUAUGAUUUACCUCAAAUGAAGUGAACACAACAAACACAAGCCUCUUUGAUAUUUGCAUUGUUCCAGUCUGCAUGUUAAUUGCUUGCAGCUGCAGAUGUUGUAUUUUUUUGUUUUUGAGAUUCUGCAUGAAUCGCGAAAACUUAACGAAAGACCUGGUGCGAUUUUCACAACCCACGACGUAAGUAGGCAUUUUUGACGAUACCGAAUAAUACGUAACUCUACCUGCUGUAAUGGCUUUUCUGACCCUGACAUGCGCAGUGGAAACUGUCUGUGACGUGAACCGUGAAGGGGUCUAUACUUGAGAGGCCAGUUUGUUUUCUAUAAAAACAUAAAAGGUGCUCUCACAUGUAUAGAAUUAGAAAUCCUGACCCCUCCGACUUCAACAGCUGACAUACCAAGUUACCGCACUGCACCAUUGUAUUGAAGGUGAAGCGGUUGCUACUUACAGUAGGUUUGGUCGUUCUCUACAGAGAUGUUCAGUCCGGUAAGGAGCCGAUGGACAGAUUUGUUUACCUCUAACCUGAAGGUCUAGAUAACUGCUUGAGUGAUGCAUCACGGAUGGACAACCCUUGGGACAACACGACCCGUUCGUCACGUUUCUCAUGAGCCGUAAAGAGGUUGAAUCUUCCCAGAGAUCGCACCUGUUUUCUUCAUGUAAUAUUAAUGUGGUUUUCAGUCUUUGCGUAAAAAAGUUUCAUACAGUACACAGGGAUUGAGUCCAGAGGCUAUGUUUUUAUGGAUGUUAAUAGAGAAGAGGCUUCAGUGAGCAGAAUAAACCGCUUUUGUGAGGGAAAUAGCGAAUCAUUGAAUCGACAGCCAUUCAUUAAUCUUUAUCAUGUUUAACAUUGAAAAAUACUUUUGCUGGGAACCAGGGGCGUCGGACUGAGGGUAAAACCAGUACGGAUUACCAGGGCCCCAAAGGAAGAGAGGGCCCUUGGAAAGUCUGGAAUGUAUUAUGGGGGUGGGACAUGGGGGCCCAUCAGGACUGCCUAUGCAUAGGGCCCGAGAUCUUGUGCAACGCCCCUGCUGGGAACGUUUUUUUAGUGUUCACUGUGAUUAAAAUGCUGUUUUUUAAGCGAUGGCAGAUAAGGGACCGUAUUUCCACAAGUAAAGUGUGUACAAUAUUGAAUAUUAUCUAAAAUCAACAAAAAUGUGUUUCCUUCCUCUGGCUUUCAGGUUUGACUAAUUAAAAUAAGAUUUUAAUUGUGAUUAAUAUGCAUGUCAUGUGUGCUUGUGAUGCUGAAACAGACAAUUGAAUAAUUUAUGUUUAUAGUACUGUAUAUUGUUUGAUGAAAAUAAAACAAUGUUAUAAUUACA